CAUAUUCCGAUUCUCACAGCUCAAGAGGAAAGAUGAGUGUUAAUUGACCAAUCACCCAAAUCUAUCCAUGUUCCAAAAUUUUCAGAGUAUUCGACCAUUUAGAAUAAGUGUAAUACUCGAGCGGAUUGUUUUACACGGAAGCGUACACAGAGAAGCCUUAACUGCUGCAAAGCAAGAACCCCUCUCUUGCAAAAAAAAAAUUAUAAAACAAUAAAUUCUUGUUUGAUCAGCUUUCAGUAUUUAACAAUAGAGUCAGUCCCUAUGAUUUAACAUUUGUUCAUGGGUGCUAGAAGGCCCAACUUAAAUCGCAUACACUGAAUGGCCAACACAUACUGAUGAACACUACUUAACCAGUAGUGAAACAAGGCCUGGUUUGUACGGGAUCCCGUACAGGCCUGAGCUUUUUUCAGGCCUUGUUUCACUACUGCUUAAGUAGUGUUCAUUACAGCGAAGAUCGUUCUCAUACUUAUUUCUUUAACCGCAGUUCACAUAUAUGAUAUUCAUAUAUUCACAAACGUUGACAUACUAAUAUGUUUAGGAAAUGAAUUAUUUAGCUAACAGACGCAUUUUCUAUCGGUUUACUGGCGUAAAAUCCCGCAUGAGAUGUUGGGAGAACAAAUGGGUUAUUACUCCCGAUAACCCACUGGUAAAUGUGGUCUGUUGCUUUAAUUAAACAAACUUAAAGUAAAACACAGUAUGUUUCAAUUUUCUAUGGGUUUACCGAUGCACAGUGAACGGUAGGUUUUUGACCAAUCAGGGCUCUUCGCAAUGACUAAGGGCUAACGCUUAAAACGUCAGCCUCGAAACUCUUUACGGUGGCUAAUUCACAUUAUCAACUCAGCUAAUACAACCAUAAUUACUCUUGUAGUAUCGGUUAUUUUGUUAAAUUUUGCAAUAAGGUACUAGUUAUCAGCAGUGUGUUUUCGUAUCCCUUGACUUCAAAGAACCUUUCUUGUUACAGCACUACAUAAAAUAUACUGGAAAAUACACACAGAACAAAUAAUGCACACUUUCUUGAUCAAAACCAUGAACAUGAGGGUCCGGUAAAUGAUGUUGAGGGAUCCACAUUGAAAAAAGAAUUGACGUUCCUUCGUAUUUGUGAAAGUCCCUUAUCUCUAAAUGGAAGAAAUCGUUGUCGCCUUGAACUCGGAAUCCAAUCCAGACGUCUUCUAGUGAUGUACUCCGGGCUACAGAUUUUUCUUUUGCAAUGCGUCAUCCGCUUACUUGUAAUGGAGGGAAACACUGUAAUAUAGAGAAAGUGGCGUCCCUUCCCCUCCCCACCCCACAUGGGCGAGACUGUAGCGUCCAGAGAGUCAGUACAGCCUAUCCUAAGUCAAAUCCUAAGUUAAUUCUUUGAUCACUUUUCGGCUCCCAAUAAUCUAAAAGAAGCUGCUCAUGGAAGUGACAACACAUCUGGUCUGGAGGAAAAAUCUUCACGACCAGAGAUAAAAGUAUAGAUCGCAAAGCUGUUCUUUUGUAUUUUUGAAGUUUCGCGAUAGUAAUGCAAAUACGAUGGUAAUUGCUCAUCACAAAAUCACAAGGGGCAGAUAUACACGUUCUAUCAAAAGCAUGAUGAAAUGUAGAUGAGCGAUAAGAUAAUGUUCUGCCACUACAACAGAUGUUAUGGUGCUCCGCAAGUUAUUGGAUGAAACCUGGGGAUAAUUGAUGGGUUAUUACAUGACAGCCAAGAAAAGUUGUCCGGGAGAGAUUAGUUAAAAGUAUGCUUUGGCGGCCAUUUUCGCUACUGGCAAGGAGAACUUGUUCGUGAUUCUCCUCAAAUCUUGAUUGUUAUAGGGAGGGAUUGUGCUUAUAAAACCGGAUACGGUUAUUCUGAGUCUCUUAAAACAGUCAGGUAUAGAAAUUAGAGAAUUCCGCGCGUAACAUGUGGGGAAACGUUGCUAAACUUUGCCGCCUGUCGAGUUCCCGUUAUGGUUUUUUCAGGCAGUAUAGCUCUAAAUCCCAGCUAGAGGUUGUGAUCCUGAAGAGGUUGAAGCUGCAAAGGUACAAGUGCUUUGAAAAGUCAAAAACACCACUUUCAGGCCUCGAACCGUUGAAGCCGAAUUACCACGACUUGGAUGCGAUAGACGUUCGUUACAAACAACCGAACGUAUUGUUCUUGAGAACUGAAUUGCUACUUCAACGUCUUGAAUACUUAAAACCAUCAGGCUUGUUACCAAGACAGAAAAGAAAGCUCAUUGAACGUUCUCCACCAGUUCUUGUUUUCACUGAAGACCACGAAAAUGACAAGGUGAAUUAUCUUAGAGGGAUUCUUCGUACUCAAAAAGAAGGAGAAACAAAGAAUGUCCACUUGUUGCAUCGUUGUUGGAGGAUGAUUUUAAUGCCAAAACGAGAACUCGAUACUCGCUUGGAGUUUAUCACAGAAGAGCUAAGAAUGGCCAAAGAAUCAGCGUUGAAAAUGCUUCUGCAUUUACCUUGUUUUUUGCUUCAUGACACUAACACCUCGUCAGAGGAGUUUGUUGUCAUGCAUAAGUAUGAUCUUCCAAAGGGUUACAGCUUAGAUCACCACACUGCUAAUAUCUAUCCUCCCAUUUAUUCUACUGGCCUUGAGAUCAAUCCUAGGCUGUUCACCAGACAAUCUGAUGAAGAACUGUCCCAAACGUUUCCAAAAUUAUCUCUUGGAGAAUUGCUGGAUUAUUCCUAUCCAACUCAUCAUGGAAAAGGAAAAACAGAGGAUCUGACUAAGUUUCUUACUGAAGCUGAAUACAGAGAACAAAGACCAAAGUACAACAGAAUUAUGUAAAUAACUCAUUGUAACUUGUGAUGUGCAUCUUAGUCUCUGAACUCCUAGUCAGCUGUCCACUUCAAAGUUAUGAACGCUUUAUCUACAAUGACAUCAAAUUCCAGUUGUGUGUUUUGGAUAAUUAGUUACAGAGAGUUGAAAGCAUUCUUUUAAUCAAGAUAAUAGUGUUAAUGCCUAACUUGGUUGAUGUCUCACGUAAAGCUCAGUGUAAUUGCUUCUGUAGCAUUGAAGCAUGAUACAAAAUAAAAAACAAUGUGAAACUUUGAAAGAAAUAUUUCUGAUCCCUUCAUUCACCUUCAGUACUUCAGUUCCUUUAAAAUCAAUUGUCUUUGCAGAUAAAAUUUACCCAACGUUCCAUUUGUACUAGCUUUGAGCUCUUUCCAUCAAUGUAAAUUUUUGUGCUGAGCCACUGUUAUGCUGGUUAGUUGUUUAAAUGAAUAUUGCACAUGCUGAGCCAUACUACAUGUACUGUCUUAUCUCUUUACCUUCCAGACCCUAUCCCAGUCAAAAUUCGAAAAGAAUCACCCCUUUCAAUGGGAUAAAGCCUAGUAACAUUUAAAUGGGGGUGCUUUCCUCCCAGCUGCACCAACUACUAAAAGCAUAGUCUGUUAGCAGGCCCUCGUUAUUAACACUUGAGUGCAAAAGUUUCUUUGCCCACAAUCAAGUUUGAGGCUAUGAUAAGCAACACCAGUCAGGAACAGGUCUGCAACUUGUUGGGCACUGGUAAUAAGGUGCCAGAUCUCUUUCAGACCUCUUGCAGGCUCACUUUGCUCAGGGCUUUAAACUAACUUCCAGGUAAAGAAACACUUGUGCCAAAGUGCCCGCUUGCAGCCUAUUAACAACAGGCCUCAGUCGUUUGAAGGUUGGAUAGCACUAUCUAACCAAUAAAUUGCUGUCCAGCAGAUGAGCGUUAAUAAAACAUGUUGUGCUAACUAUAGAUAGAGAAUUGUUCACUGGAUAGCAUUAUCUAGCCUUUGAAGAACUGGGCUCAGAACAGAGAUGGUUUAACAUGAUACUUUGUCCCAACUGUGCUAACUACUGGAUAGAGAUUUAUUCAGUGGAUAGCAUUAUCUAGCCUUUGAAGAACUGGGCUCAGAACAGAGAUGGUUUAACAUGAUACUUUGUCCCAACUGUACUAACUACUGGAUAGAGAUUUAUUCAGUGGAUAGCAUUAUCUAGCCUUUGAAGAACUGGGCUCAGAACAGAGAUGGUUUAACAUGAUACUUUGUCCCAACUGUGCUAACUACUGGAUAGAGAUUUAUUCAGUGGAUAGCAUUAUCCAGCCCUCAAACAACCAGGCUCAGAACAGGGAUGGUUUAACGUUAUAAUUUGUCCCAACUACUUUGAAGAGUAAGGUAGCAAUUCAUCUCCAACAACAAGUAAUUUUUUUUUCAUUAAGCAGCUUUUCAUAUGUAUGUACUGAUGGUACCGCAUUCUC